AUGGGCUACACAGCCAAGGCAACAAUACCUCUUAUCCCGCUGGCGAAGGAUUCCGUCCUUCUGCCCGGUGUCACCCUCCGCAUCUCAGUAUCCAACCGUGCCGACAUCCCCCUACUCCUAUCAUCGGCCUUCCAACGGGCCACGAAGUCGAGAUCAGGAUCAGCUCAACUGCCUGUCGGCUGCGUUCCAGUGAAUUCACCCUUCCUGAGCCCCGAUGGCAAGGAACUGCUCGACAGCGCUGCCAAAGAGAGCAGCCGGGACUAUGACUAUGCCGACAUAGAUCCGGGCAAGGCUCGAAAGAAGGAUUUAUAUGGAUACGGCACGCUGGCCAAGAUUGUCAGCGUCCAGGGAAGUCCCAAUGCCGACCCGUAUCUGCUGGUGGAAGGGAUUCAGAGGUUCAAGAUCGACAAGAUUAAACAUGAAAGGCCAUAUUUUGAAGCGGACGUCACGUUUUAUGAGGAUGAAGUCCCCGAUCUUAACGACGGUGACCUCCGCGCCAGUUUUACCCGGCUCAAGCAACGAUCUCGUGAGCUUCUGACACUGCUCCGGCUCUCGUCUCUCUUCCGCCCCGCAUCUAUGGCGCUGUCCCCUUUAAUUGUCCGCCGCUUCGAGCUGUUCAUUGCGAAAAAGGACCUUUCACAAGCUGGCCAGUUGGCCGAUUUCAUGACGGAUAUUGUGGAAGCAAGCUUUGAAGAGAAGCUCCGGAUCUUAAGCACGCUGGAUUUACAUGAGAGACUGGAGCGCGUCCUUGCCCUGCUCAACAAGCAGAUCUCGGGCAUCAAUGGAAAUAUUAAAGUCACCACCAUAACCUCAACGACCCUGCCAUCCAAUAUCGGAGUCGACAUCUCCGACUUGAAUCAAAAGCAGCGCGAAGCUCUAGCGAGGCGGGCAAUGUCCGGUCUCAAUGGCAUGACGCCGCCCGGAAUGCCUGGCGUUAACCGAGGUGGUGAUGACGACGAGGAUAACGAAGUUAAUGAAGUCGAAGAGCUGAAGAAGAAGGUGGCUGAAGCGGGCCUGUCGCCGGAGGCUCAAAGGGUCGCGGAGCGCGAACUUCGACGACUCAAGAAGAUGAACCCAGCCAACGCCGAGUAUGGUGUGAUUCGCACUUACGUUGAAAACUUGGUCGAGAUACCGUGGACGAAGGUCACCGAUGAUCAGCUUGGCGCUGAUACCCUGAAACGGGCACGUAAGCAGCUUGACGACGAUCAUUACGGAUUGGAGAAGAUCAAGAAGAGAUUGCUCGAGUACCUUGCGGUCUUGAAGUUGAAACAGUCUGUCAACGCCGACGUCGAUCAACAGAUUGCUCGUCUCACUAAGCAGCUUACUCCCACUCAAGACGGGGAGGAGAGGGAGGUCGAGCAGAUCCCAGACAAUGAGAGAGAUGCGGCCACUGCCAAGCUUCAUGUCCUCAAGUCGAAGCGGAUGGUGGACAAGUCUCCCAUUCUCUUGCUGGUCGGACCCCCAGGCACUGGCAAGACCUCGCUCGCAAAGUCCAUCGCCCUCUCCCUGGGCCGCAAGUUCCAUCGUAUCUCUCUGGGCGGUGUCAGGGACGAAGCAGAAAUCAGAGGCCAUCGGCGGACGUACGUGGCUGCUAUGCCAGGCUUGAUUGUCAGUGGCCUGAAGAAAGUCGGCGUGGCCAACCCCGUCUUCCUCCUCGACGAAAUUGACAAAGUGAGCACGAACAACUUCCAUGGCGAUCCUUCAGCUGCAAUGCUUGAAGUUCUUGACCCCGAACAGAAUCACAGCUUCAAUGACCACUACGUCAACAUCCCUAUCGAUCUGAGCAAAGUCCUCUUUAUCGCCACGGCCAACUCUCUAGAUACCAUUCCGGCGCCCCUCCUUGAUCGAAUGGAAACUAUUCGCCUGGCUGGCUACACAACAGUUGAGAAGCGUCACAUCGCCAAGCAGCAUCUCAUCCCCAAACAGAUUCGCACCAACGGUCUCUCCGAAGGGCAGGUCGUCAUUCCGGACGAUGUCGUGGAUACCAUCAUCACGUCUUACACGCGUGAAUCUGGAGUCCGCAACCUCGAGCGUGAGAUCGGAAGUGUGUGUCGCUACAAGGCAGUCCAGUACGCCGAUGCCCGUGACGCCAAUGACAUGUCGAAAUACAACCCCGUCGUUCGUGUCGAGGAACUGGAAGACAUCCUUGGAAUUGAACGCUUCGAAGAAGAAAUCGCCGAGAAGCAAUCGCGUCCCGGCGUCGUUACUGGAUUGGUUGCCUAUUCGUCUGGCGGGCAAGGAAGCAUUCUUUUCAUCGAAGUUGCUGAUAUGCCCGGAAAGGGCCGGGUGCAACUCACAGGAAAACUGGGAGAUGUGCUCAAAGAAUCCGUCGAAGUCGCACUUAGCUGGGUGAAAGCUCACAGUUAUGAUCUCGGCCUGACGCACGAUCGAGACGAAGAUAUCAUGGAGAAACGUGCCAUUCAUGUCCACUGCCCCGCCGGGGCGGUGCCAAAGGACGGGCCCAGCGCUGGAUUAGCACAUACCGUCGCGCUCAUUUCGCUGUUCUCCGGCAAGGCUGUCCCGCCGACAAUCGCUAUGACUGGCGAAGUGAGUCUGAGAGGACGAGUCAUGCCUGUCGGGGGCAUCAAAGAGAAACUGAUCGGUGCCCACCGUGCCGGCGUCAAGACAGUCCUGCUCCCGAGUGGGAACAAGAAGGAUGUCAAGGACGUUCCCGAUGAAGUGAAGAAGGACUUGGAGAUUGUGCAUGUCAAGCACGUCUAUGAGGCUCUUCGUCACAUUUGGCCCGAGUCACACUGGGCGUCGGAUCGACAUUUCGCUGAGAUCGAGAGCAGAUUGUAG